AUGCCAGGUUGUGGGCCAAAAAAUUAUCCUUGCAUACUUUGCAACAAAAGGACAAAGCCUGGUGAAAGACGGCCUGUGAAUAAAAGCACAAGAAAGAUUUUAAGAAGAAACUUUAUGACUGAGUGUAGAGAUGGAGGUGUUUUAUGCAGAAAAUGUAGGAACAAAUGUGAUGCAUUAAAAGAAACACCACAUCAGGCAGAGAAAUCAUAUGGACCAUCCUGCACAGCUCGGCCCAUACAUAGCCCUGUUGGAAAAAGUACUGUAGGAAGUAUCAAGAGUCCACCUUCUGUGACUUUAUCUUUACUAAGCAUAGUAAACAGCCAUGCUUACUGUGUUUUGUGUAGGAGACCUGGUCCCAAGCUAGUUGUGGUUUCCACACAGGCAAGGUUUAGCUUUUUCCUGGAACAGAACAUUCUAAUACCUGCAGGUUCUCGUUGUUGUCCAGCACAUAUAUUGAAUGAUGUCAUAAUCACAAAGACUAUAGAGAACCCAAUACCACCAAAGGACACAAGUUUUGUUAACAGAACUACCAUUAUGGAGCUUGUUGAGCAACUACGACAAGAAUCAUUAAGAAGAGGAUCAAAGAGAUUAGACUUUGAUGACCCCUCGUCAUUAUCAGAAAGAGAGUAUUUUACUCUCACUGGACUGAAGAAAAGUGAAUUCGAUGAUUUGUUAGCAUAUGUUGAAGCUGGAGACAUAAGGCCAUCAAAGUCAAGGAGUGUUAGAACCUGUUUAGCAAUCUUUCUGACCAAAAUGAGGACAGCUGUGGAUAACAAUAUGCUGGGAGUUUUGUUCAACAUGACUAAACCACAGAUUAGACGAGCUGUAUCCACCAUGAGACAAGCAAUUAGUAUCAACUUUGUCCCAAAUCACCUUGGUUUCAACCAUAUUAACAGGGAUACUGUUAUCCAUGAACAUACCAGACCCCUUGCCAAAGAACUGUUCUCUCCAACCCUCAAUCAGGCCAUAUUAGUGCUGGAUGGAACAUAUAUAUAUGUUCAGAAGAGUUCACAGUUUUCCUUUCAAAGGCGGUCAUACAGCAUGCAAAAACAAAGGCAUCUACUGAAACCAAUGAUGAUUGUUACAACCACAGGAUACAUUGUAGCUGCCAUUGGACCAUAUUUAGCUGAUGGGAAGAAUUCAGAUGCAAACAUUUUAAAGCACAUCAUUGGUUCAGACACUCAAGAAAUUAAGACUUGGCUUCAAGAGGAUGAUAUCAUGAUAGUGGAUAGGGGCUUUAGAGAUUCUGCUGGAGUGCUGGAAAAUCUUGGCAUUCAUAUGGAGAUGCCGUCCUUUUUACAAAAAGGCCAGAGACAACACUCCAUAGAGGAUGUCAAUAGUUCUCGUUUAAUUACAAAGAUUAGGUGGGUUGUGGAAUCUGUAAAUGCUAGAAUUAAGACGUGGCGCUACUUGGCAAGACAGCUUCCAAAUUCUCAGAUCCCACAUGUUGGCGAAUACGUGCGAAUUAUUAGUGCAAUCUGCAACAAAUACAGGUACACUUAA